AUGGCUCGGGACAUGACAGAUAAGGAUAUCCUGAAAAUGGAGCUGGAGCAGUUACAGAAAGAGGUUAGCACACACAGGACCGCAAUUUCUAUAACUGCCUCUGAGCUUAUUGCUAACAUUGUGGCUCAGUCUGCAGAAGACCCACUGAUCAAGGGAGUUCCUGAAGACAAGAACCCAUUCAAAGAGAAAGGAGGUUGCAUUAUUUCAUAG